ACCUUGUCGUCCUCUUGGUUAGCAAUAAGACGCUUUGUAAACACAUGUGUAAAAAUUUACUUAACUUAUUUUUUACUCAUCAGUUGUUUCGGUUAAUUAUAAUAUUGACAAUUUGCUAAAAUAACAGCAGACAUCAUCUAGAAUUCUGUGAUUAAUUGCUGAUAUUCAUUUAUGAUUAUCAAUUUUUGUUCCGGCGAGUAAUGAUACAUACUCAACAGUUUUUCUAUUUAGUUUAAUUUGGUUUUAAAAAAUAUUUUAAGUAAUUUGCAAUUUAAUUUAUCAAUAUGGGAAUCACUGGAUUGCUGCCGUUUUUGGACAAGUCCUCAAAAAGAGGAAACAUCAGUCAAUUUUCAGGAGGUACUGUUGCUGUUGAUACUUAUUGCUGGCUUCAUAAAGGUGUUUUUACUUGUGCUGAAAAAUUGGCCUUGGGAGAACCAACUGACGGAUAUGUACAAUAUUGUCUCAAGUUUGUGCAAAUGUUACUGGCGAACAGGAUCAAGCCAAUCUUGGUGUUUGAUGGCUGUUAUUUACCUGCAAAAUCUGAAACUGAGAUAAAACGACGAGAGUCAAGAGAGACGAAUAAACGAAGAGCAGCAGAGUUGAUGAAAAUGGGCCGUAAUGCUGAAGGAAAAGCUAUUCUCCGUAGAUCCGUGGAUGUAACUCAUGAAAUGGCACUGCAAGUAAUUAAAAAGUGUCAAGAAUUAAACGUUGAUUGUAUUGUUGCGCCAUACGAAGCAGAUGCUCAAUUAGCUUACUUAAAUACAUCCGGAAUAGCUGAUGUUGUUAUUACUGAAGACAGUGAUUUGACGUUAUUUGGAUGUACUAAGAUAUUUUUUAAAAUGGACAUCAAUGGCAACGGCGUGUUAGUAGAGCAAGAUCGUCUUCACCUAGCGAUGAAUUUAAGCCCAACUCAAUUUGACCUUGAUAAAUUCCGCCACAUGUGUAUUUUAUCCGGAUGCGACUACCUCCCAUCAUUACCAGGAAUUGGACUGAACAAAGCCUGUAAAUUUAUAUUAAAGAACACAGACCCAGAUAUACACAAAGCUCUAGUUCGACUGAGUUCAUACUUAAACAUGAAAUCACUGUGUGUAACUCCAGAAUAUCGAGAUGGAUUUAUCCGAGCGCUCGUUACCUUCAAGCACCAAUUAGUAUUCUGUCCAAUCCAGAGAAAACAAGUGAGACUGAUUCCUCCGCCACCGGAGGUAACACCAGAGCAAUUGCACCACGCAGGAGACGAGAAGCCCGCUGACUUAGCGUUCCAAUUAGCCUUGGGUAACUACGAUCCGACUUCGAUGAAAAAAUUAUACGACUACAAUCCCGAUACAGCGCUCAGUCGGCCAAGAAAUUCCUGGCACAAAGGAUCUGGGAUUCCAAGCUCGAGUAUUUGGUCAAAAGAUUUUAAAAUUUCGAGUGUUAAAAAGACUCCAGUUAAAAAUAAUAAGUGUAACAACACAAAGUGGCCAAACACUGCUGGGAAAGUAAUAACUUCUAAUACAGAUGCUCUGAAGUCUAAACCGAGUCCUUUAAAACGAUCUUUCGAAGACAUGGAGACUGAUCUUAGCGAAAGUGAUAUUAUUAAAAUGUAUGGCAGUAAUAAAAUGCAAAAAAAUGAAGCAAUAAUUGAGACUAAAAUUAAAAAAGAAGAAGAAAUAAAAGAAUUAAAAACACCUCCUCGAGUCUCUCCGCAAAAUAAACCAAAUCCUUUUUUAAAAAAAUCACCAGAGACAUCACCUUGCUUGCUUCGAGGCUCAAGGAGAAGAAAAGUACGGACUUUUAUUGCUGUCGCGCCUACUGUAGUUGACGAAACUUCUCCAGUAGUGAGUAAAUACUUUUUUGAUGAUCCAAAAAUGACAAAUGAGGGAACCAAGCCUGCAACAAAUUUAAUUAAUCCAGGAAGCCAUAUUAUUCCAGAAACACAAGAUGAAGACUUGCCUGAAGACUUACCACUGUCUCAGCCUGACUCUUAUAAAGAAAAUAAGAUUGUAAAUAUUGAAAAAUUUAGGGAGAGACAGACACUCAGUAGGUUAGAUUCGGGAAUUGAUCAGACUAGUUCGUAG